AUGGGAGCGAAACAAGUGAAGAUGCUGCGCUUUCUCGACAACGAGGAGGACCGCGAGGCGAUCAACAAGGCCUUCGCUACCUACGACAAGGACAACAGCGGGUCGCUGACGCGCGAUGAGUUCAUCUCCUUCUCGCACGACCUGGUCGAAUACUUCAUCAAGAAGCACCCCAACCAGAAGGUGGGCGACCUCGCCAUCCUCAAGGCCCAAGGCGAAGGCGACGUCAACAUCAAGAAUGCAGACGACGAGCUCAAGAAGAAGCUCUCUGGGCAGUUGGGCAGGGCCAUGUUCCAGGUGAUUGACAAGGAUGCCAGCGGUACGAUCUCGCUGGCUGAGUGGAAGGCCACCGAUUGGGGCAACCUCCUCAAGAACAUCAAGACCCACAUGAAGGACCAGGAACUCAAACUCAUUCAGGCAUUGACCACCGGGCAUCGGAAUGGAAUCUGGCAGGUCCGGACGACCGGAGGCAGCGAACUGGCGGGCGAAAUAACCAUCAAGGACGCCACCACCAUCACCGGCAAGCUGGGCUACCAUCCGCUGACCAACCUGUCCCUGAUCUCCGGCUCUCGUAUCUUCUUGCACGGCCAGGUGCCCGAUGAUGCGUUCCCGAGAGGGGCCGAGUGUCAUCUGUGGCUCGACGCCAUCCACAACACCACGGACGCGAGUUCCGAAUUGCCCUACAUGUUCACCGGCUACGCGGCGCAGAAGCUCGGAAACGGCAUGCCCCUGGUCUUCAUGGGCAAGAUCACCGCCACCUUUUCCAGCUUCCCCUCUUACGUCUAG